AUGCAUGAACAACUACCACAGGAAUUACAGCAGUCACAGCAGCUACCAGAUAUUAUCACAGAUUCUUCUAGAGCUACAUCUCCGCCUCCUCCAAGAGACUUCCCUUCAGGUAUGCUGCCUCAUACUGCCACUCCAACCAUCGCCCUUAGCGAUAAUUCUUUUGCCCUGGGAACCACCAUCAAGGGAGAGCAUAAUGCACUGAAGUCGCAUUUAGAUCAAGCUCAGCAACCUCCACAAAGUAACUUGACUGCGCAACUGCAAACUAAGCAACUACCAGAGGCAACCACUUCAGAUUUGCUGCCAAGCUCGUCUACUCGCAACAACAGCAAGAACAGUAAUUCGACUGUUCAUAGUAAUUCGACCUUGCAAGGCAGUGGGAAUGCCAGUGUUGACGCCAUCAAUAAUGCCAGCAACAUCAGCCGUAGUGCGGGCAACUCAAUUGCAUCUGACAGUGAUACCAAUCAAUCCCCCGUUCCUCGGGGUAAGCUUCGGAUUAAUCUUAUCGAGGCUACAGAUUUGAAUGUCACAUCUGGAGAUUCACAGCCUUAUGUUGUGUGUACAUUUGAAGGUUCUGAAGUGGUGACUAGCGGACCAGAAAGAUUUGGCUCCCACCACAAAUCUCAGCAUCAUCAAUUCCAAGGUGCGGAAAUGAUGACUAGCAUAGACGGGCAGUUAGAAUCUCACAACCAGCCUAUUAGACCGGUCGUCAGUAGACAAACCUCAUCGCAUCAGAGUCUCAAUAUUCGAAACAACAAUAACAAUUGUGAGAAUAGGGACAGUAGUAGCCUUGACAGAAACUACAAUGCAGGCAACCCAAUUUGGCAACAUUCGUCUAUCUUUGACGUCAUUGGAAAUGCUUCUGAUGUUGAGAUUUCUAUCUAUGAUGGUGCACAGGAUGAUUUCUUUCUUGGUCACGUGCGUAUCCGUCCAAGAACAGAUUCCGAGAAUAAAACUGAGGGAUGGUACACCCUUCGUCCACGUAUCUCGUCUGAAAUGGUCACUGGAACCGUCCGUAUUAAGUUCGAGUACACCAACAUUGGCAAGUCACACUAUUCGCCUCAGGAUUUCAAGAUUUUGCGUCUUCUCGGUAAAGGUACUUUCGGUCAAGUCUUCCAGGUGAAGAAGAAAGAUACCAAUCGCGUCUAUGCCAUGAAAGUUCUUUCGAAAAAGGUCAUAGUGAAGAAAAAGGAGGUGGCUCAUACAAUUGGCGAGCGUGAUAUCAUGGUUCGUACUUCGGCUGCCGAUUCCGCCUUUAUUGUCAUGCUCAAAUUUUCUUUUCAGACGCCUACCGAUUUGUACCUUGUCACAGACUUCAUGAGCGGUGGAGAAUUGUUCUGGCACUUGCAGCGCGAGGGUCGGUUCAGUGAAGAUCGGGCAAAAUUCUACAUUGCGGAGUUAGUUAUGGCUCUAGAACAUUUGCACGAUAACGGUAUUGUCUACCGUGAUUUGAAGCCGGAGAAUAUUUUGUUGGAUGCCAAUGGACAUAUUGCGCUAUGUGAUUUCGGUCUAUCCAAGGCCAACUUGUCUGGCAAUGGUACCACUAACACCUUUUGUGGCACUACCGAAUAUUUGGCUCCGGAGGUCUUGUUGGAUGAAUCAGGAUACACCAAGAUGGUUGAUUUCUGGUCUUUGGGUGUUCUAAUCUUUGAGAUGUGUUGUGGAUGGUCACCGUUUUAUGCUGAAAACACUCAGCAGAUGUAUAAGAACAUUGCAUUCGGCAAGGUCCGUUUCCCUAAGGAAGUUUUGUCGCCGGAGGGGCGCUCCUUUGUCAAAGGAUUACUUAACAGAAACCCUAAGCAUCGUCUUGGUGCUAUUGAUGAUGCUAGGGAACUUCGUGCUCAUCCUUUCUUACAUGACAUUGAGUGGCAUCUACUUCGGGAAAGAAAGAUUCCUCCUCCGUUUGUGCCUCAUAUUGUCAAUGAACUGGACACUUCGAACUUUGAUCCCGAGUUUACCAAUGCUUCGACCUCCGCCAUUAAUAGGCAACUGAUGCUGGGAUCAACUCCUUUAUCUCAGGCCAUGCAGGACAAAUUUAAAGGAUUUACUUACGUUGAUGAUUCCACCAUGUUCGAUCAUCUGAGCAGUUUGUCAGUUAAAAAAGGCAACUCUCUCAAACCACAAUACGGUUCAUUGAUCCCGGGCGAUCCUAAUAUGCCUCCCGAUGAGGAAGUUAUUGAGGACGACACUGAUUUCGAUGAGGACGAUGAAGGUGAAAGCCGAAAUGAGGAUGAAGAUAUGGAUGUUGAUGACGAGUUUGUAAAUGGACCUUUUGAUCUGUGA